AAGAUGGCGUCCCACUUCCGGUUCUGGGCUUUCGCUGGUGGCAGCGUGGACCAUGGCAGCCCAGGAAGCCGCCGCAGGGAGCCUGUCCCCGGAGAGCUGUGUGUUGGAGCUGCCUUCUACCUAUGACAUCAGCCAUUUCGUGCUGCAGAGACCCAGCCAGGAGCCCAGCAGCAAAGCUUUGGCUCCUGUGGAAUUCCAGUCUUUUCCUUGCUCUUCUGAUGUGGAUCCAGACACUUGUAACCUAAAUACCGAAUCAAAGGACUCUUGGGCCUCUGAGAACUACAGUGUUGAUGCUUUUGUGAAAAGCCAAUCAGAAGCUGAGGAAGAAGAUGAGGGCCUUCGGAAGUCCCUGGAUGUAUUCUAUGAAGCGUUUGGCCGUCCACAGUCGGCCUCCAGGAAUCCUCUCUCUGUCCGCGUGUGCCAGUGCCUGACUCAGAAGAUCACAGAGCUCGGGGCCCAGGAGAGCCGAGCGUACACCCUCCGUACUUUCCAGAUGGCCCGGGUCAUCCUCAGCAGGGAUGGCUGCUCAGUCCUGCAAAGACACUCCAAGGACACCUGCUUCUACCCGCUGGAGCAGACAGGUGCAUCUCUGGAAGACGAAAAGCCAGUCCCAGGACUGUCAGCAGAUGUCGUCCGCUUCCUCUUGCAACAGAAGGUCAUGAAAGAGCCGUAACAGGCGCCUGGGGCUGGGCACAGGCAGAAGGUGCUUUGAAACGGCACUGUGGCUGGUGCUAAUGCUGACCCGGGAUUCUCUUGGGUGCUGGGCCCGUUGUGUGUGCCCAUCCCCCAGUGAAGAGCUCUCAAGGCUGGCACCAGAGGCCUGAUCCCUGGUGUCCAUCAACCCUUUGGGAGAGCCAGCACGGCCUGGGGAAUUUGAGCACUGGCCUCUCCUCUCCUUGGCCCAGGGCCUAGACUGACUGCUCGUGGUCCUUGCCUCAAGGAAGGACAUGCUGUGGAGCCCUCUUCUGGAUCAGAUCACUGCUGUGCUCCGUGAGUCCCUCUCCCCACCCUGGCUGUCCACCCUCCACCUACUGGUCUCCCUGCGAGCCUUUCCAGAAUCAGCAUUCAGCCUGUGUCUGAGAGGAGCAGGCCCCCGUGAGAUGCGCUGCCCUCAAGGUACCAAGCUGUGUGCCGAAUCGAGUCUAAGAAUCCUUCCGGCUUGUCCUAGAGACCAUGUGAUUGGGAGCAUAGGUCCUAAAAUAAUAUGAAGGUGGAACUACAGUCCCCAAAAGUAUGUCACACCUUCAUCAUCCCGUGGCUUCUUCUCCAAAUCCAGAGCUCUGUUUUAUAAUACCAACUAGAUGUGGAGGGAACAUUUGGAGCACCUAAAAUAACUGCUAAAAUUCACAAGUUGCUAAAAAAAAAAAAAUUUAAAGGCCCUGCCUCCAUCACACAGGCAGUGUGACAGGUGUGAGGAAAGCCAGUGCACACACACACACACACACACACACACACACACCAAAGCACGCCUGUGAUUGGCUAAGAGAGUAAGAGUAAGAAACCAUUUGCCCAGGCCGGUCCUCCUUCCUCUGGGGGGCUUUUUGUCCUUCUUCCUGCUGCCAGAAUCUCCUGCCAACCUCUGAACGGUUGGCCCCUCACCCUUUACCCUCUCCUGGGCUCUGAGCUCUGUCUGCAAACACUUGCCCAGAACAGGGCCUCAUGGGCACCCACCCCUGCCUGGCCUGAGCGCUCCGUUGUCAGGGGAGAGCUUUGACUAGCCGGUGCAGGCUUGCCCUGGCAGGUGCUUCGCUCUGUGGGUCACGUCCUGGACCUCCGUCGGGAGAAUUACAUCACUUGGCAGCAGCCUCGCUGAGCCUGGAAAUGGAAGCCUGGUACUAGUUCCUACCUCGACUGUUCUUCAGAUACAUUGCAUUGACAGAAAGGUUCUUACAGCCCUGGUUUGGGAGAACAACAGAAGCUGGUGACUCUGCAAUUGGAUUUUGAGAAAAAUCAAAGGGAAAUUGAAUGGGCAUAAGAUCCAAGCAGCUUUUUAAAAAGUGGAUUACUCAACAGGUCAGCCUGAAAGUGUACUUUUUUUUUUUUUAUUAUUCUGU